GAAGAGUAGACCAGUUGAUGCAUCUUAAUAAAAGCAGAUGAAGCAAGAAAACAGAGAGACCACAGCUAAACAACAACCAAAAACAAAAAUGGCGAAGGCGAACCUUUUCCAGGAAAUCCAAAUCCCAAAUCAGAAACGGUUCCCCAAUUCCCCGCCUUUCCCUUCCGUCCUAGCGCCAGCUUCAACGUUGCUGCCUUCUCUCAGUGACUUCAUUUCAGCCAUCGAAUCUCAGAAGCCGCGCCUGGAGUCUCUGCUUCACGAAACAGGGGCGAUCCUCUUCAGGGGAUUCCCUCUCUCCACUGCUUCCCAGUUCAACCAAGUGGUGGAAGCGUUCGGAUUCCCCGAUUACCCUUACGUCGGCGGCGGAGCCUCCCGGACUAGAGUCGUCGGCCGUGUCUUCACCGCGAAUGAGUCGCCGCCGGAUCAGAAGAUCCCCUUCCACCACGAGAUGGCCCAUGUCCCGGAAUUUCCAACUAAGCUGAUGUUCUUUUGCGAAGUGGAGCCAAGGAGUGGCGGGGAGACGCCAAUCGUACUGAGCCACAUGGUGUACGAGAGGAUGAAAGAGAAGUACCCUGAAUUCGUGGACAAGCUGGAAGAAGAAGGUCUUCUUUCCAAUAGAAUAUUGGCCGAAGAAGAUGACCCUUCUUCAGCAAUCGGUCGUGGAUGGAAAUCAAUAUUCUCUACCAAUGACAAGCAUGUCGCUCAUGAAAGAGGGCUGCAAAACUGGGGAUGAAGCUGGAGUGGAUUGAUGACGGAUCGUUGGCGAGAACAACAGUCGGCCCAAUGCCGGCAGUCAAAUACGACAAGUCGAGGGAUCGGAAGGUUUGGUUUAACGGGAUGGUGCCGAGUUACACAGCUUUUGGCGACGAGCGAAACGACCCAACCAAGACCAUCGCGUUCGGAAAUGGCGACCCUCUGCCGGGAGAUGUGGUCUAUGGUUGUUUGCGGAUCAUGGAAGAGGAAAGCGUUGCUAUUCCUUGGCAGAAAGGGGAUAUCCUGUUGAUAGAUAACUCUGCAGUUCUUCAUGCCCGGAAGUUGUUCACUCCACCUCGUCGGGUUUUGGCUGCACUCUGCAAAUAGUGGAACUUAUAUUUUACUUUCUAUCGCGUGGACAUGUGGACUUCUAUUCGGCCUUAUACCGAAUUGAAUAAGAGAAACAAAGCGAGUCGCCGGAGUUCCCUGCGAAGCUGUUCUUCUUCUGUGAAGUGGAGCCGGCAAGCGGCGGCGAGACGCCAAUUGUGUUGAGCCACGUGGUGUACGAGAGGAUGAAGGAGAAGCACCCAGAAUUCGUAGCGCGGCUGGAAGAGGAAGGGUUGCUGUACAGCAGAGUGAUCGGAGAAGAAGACGACACUUCUUCCGCCAUUGGUCGAGGCUGGAAGUCUACGUUUUCCACCAAUGACAAAGAAGUCGCCGAACAAAGGGCUGCAAAACUGGGAAUGAAGCUGGAGUGGAUUGAGGAUGGUUCAGCACGAUUAACGGUUGGUCCAGCCCCAGCAACUAAACAUGACAAGUUGAGAGAACGCAAGAUUUGGUUUAAUUCGAUGGUGACGUCUUACACAAUUAAUGGGAGCGAAAAAUUUGACCCGACAAAGUCCGUUAUGUUUGGGAACGGUGACCUUUUACCUGGCGACAUUGUUUAUGAUUGCUUGCAAAUCAUGGUAGAGGAAAGUGCUAUUAUCCCCUGGCAAAAUGGUGAUGUCUUGUUGGUAGAUAAUUUGGCAGUGCUACAUGCUCGAAACCUUUUCACUCCACCUCGUCGAGUUUUGGCUGCACUCUGCAAGUGAAAGUUAUAUUUUCUCCUUAGUUUGAGCAUGGUUCUUCUGGUUUUCCUUUUUUAAUAAAAUUUAUAAUUUAUAUGUUUUAGUGUUUUGAUGUCGUCCUUGUGUACUACUCCAUAUUAAGUUAGAAACAUCAAAUUAUGUAUCUUAUUUUAUAUAUUAGUAAG